CUCCCCGGACUUCAAUUCUGUGUGAAUCAGUUACUAUCACCAUUCACCAUUCACCAUUUUCUCCAUCCUCAGCACCAUCACCUGACCGUCCUCGUCCUGAAUAAGCAGGCAUACAGCAGCUCGAGCAAGACUCAUAGCACGUCCUUCUUAUAAUAUUCCACAUCUUCCAUCGCGCCUCUUGCUACUCCAGCCCCAUGCUUGCCUCCGAGUGUCCUCUCUGCACCACAUGGCGUCCUCGACCUCCCACCCAGAGUUCACUUUCGUGUCUGCUGAAGAUGUCGCUGGACAAGCUGCCGACAACAUGGUCGAACCGGACCCCGUUGAAAUACCACAAGUGGAUGUAAAUAUCCGCGUUUGCGAUCGAUGCAUCUUAAAGAAGGUGAAGUGUAACAUGAAGCGCCCAAGCUGCUCCCGUUGUCUUGACGACAACUACCCUUGCAUGUACUCCAACUCCAAGAGAAAACCUGGUCCACGUAAAGGGAUGCCCCGAAAGUCAGCGACAGGCUCUCAGGGGCAUGCUGGAAGCCGUCCGUCGCACGCCGCUGCUGUCUCUACCACUGAAUCGACCUUCGCUCAGGGCAAUCCCGACUAUUCUUCGCCCUCGUUCCUGCCAUCACUUCAACAACCAGCGAAUCAAUCGUUCCUGCCGUCUCCAUCCGAGCAACGGCCCCUUUCUCAAGCCGGAAUUGGUCGAUAUGGAGCUUCCAUCACGAACCAAGCAACAGAUCAUGCAGGACCAUCCUCUUACCUCCCCCCACUGCACUCUUCAGAAACUUCCGUCAAUCUUCCAGUAUCCCUAAUGACGGACUUAGACCUUCACCAGGAACGAGAACUAUUGAAUCACUUCUUCGCACAUAUUCAUCCAUCGAUACCCUUAUUUGAUGAAGCCAAGUUCUUUCAACAAUAUGAACGUGCAAUGAUAGACAGCCAUCUGCUGCUGACAAUCUGUGUGGUGACAACAAAGAUACUAGGACAGACUGAAUACUGGAACGGGAACAAUCUGGACGACCGAGUGAAAUAUCUCUUGGAGAUGGAGCCCAUCAGUAAUGCAACUUCAACAGCAUUGAAUCUGGACAUCUUUAGGCGGGCUUGCUUGCUUGCCUUCUAUGAAUUUCAUCAGCUUCCCGGAGACGGGGCGUGGUUACGGAUCGGCCAAUUGACUCGGAAAGCGUACCAAUGGGGCCUUCAUCAGAUUGAUAGCCACAAUCAACAUCCGAUCUGGAGCAAACUCUUAGUCAACAAUGCUGAGAUCAAAGAAUGGAGAUACCUGUGGUGGUGCAUCUAUUGCCUCGACUCCUACUCCAACAUCACUGCUUACACGCCGUUCGUUGUGGAAACAGAAAGUAUUGCGACAGCCUUGAUCACGGUCUCACAGGACAACCCACAGUUUCAGGACCAGGUCUUCCUGCCGGCCGAGACAAGUCAACUCUGGUGGACGAUCCAGGAGGUCACCAGAUCUCGCGGCGACUUUGGUUUCAACAUGCACAUCAUCACAACGCUUUUCCUCAGGGAGGCUUCAACACUCCGGCGCCUGCAGAUCUGCAAUCCUUCGGCUCGGGUCCAUUCUCGACGCAUCGCACUAGAAGAAUGCAUGUCGGCUAUCAGACUAGCGUUGCCUGCACGUUAUCUCAAUGCUACGCGAGACGUCCUGAAGAGUGAGACGCCUCGCGCGCACCACGCACGGCUAAUUAGCGUUCUCCAUCUUCAUGCUGCUCGCAUCUUCCUCAGCCUUCCCACCGACCCACCACAACAAGAUGAAGGACUGUGGCAGACUGGUUGGCAACAAAGUAUUGAGUCCUGCGAAGAUAUCGUGGCGGUCGCACAACAGUGGGACAGCCAGUUUUCGUCCACAGUCGAUCCUGCCGUAUGUCAUGUCAUGCUAGCAGCUCUGGUGUUGCUUUACCUUGAUGAGAACGCAUAUUCUCCUGAGAAACAAGGACUGACACCGCAAAAUCUGCACAAGGAAGUCCUCUUGCUUUUUCUGGAACAAUUCGCGACGCCGUGGGCGUUGCCUCGGCUACUCAUAUCAUCAUUCGAAGUGUUCUCACAAUUAGUUUCCGGACCGCUGACAUCCGAUCAAAUACAUGGGAUGUUGCAUCGGGUUGCGGCUCCAAGUCAAGACUGGUUGAAACACGUCCCCAAUAUUCCUGAUCCUGGGAGACUCGGUGUGAUCCGAGAAGGCUAUACAGCUUCCUUCUCGCAAGUAUGGAACUUUGAUAAUUGGACAUGAUGUUGCUCGUACCGCCUGCCAUGCUCUCUUUGUGAGCUAUUGACAGGUCCACUGUUAGAUGGACAUAUACUCGAUCUAACAUUCAUCGUGGAGGAGCCGCUUGUUCGAUUACUGAUGACCUGCGGUGGACCACAGCCCGAGAGGCUUCAGAGAGUGCUACUGAUUCCUCCGCGGAAGAUCAUCAGUCUCAUCGCAACUUGCCGAUACCUUCACUCGACAGAUCAACUGCCCCAGUGCCACCAUUCUCCAAAUACCUACACCGCAAUAUGGAUGCUCCAGGGAUCCUGCCGUCCAUGCGCUCGAUCUGCCAUUCCGCUAGAAGUGGCUGUGCAACAUCAGCAGCCACCUAAAACCAUCUGGAGCCUCAUCACUCACGCAAGUACCAGACUUCGGAACACAAUUGCCCCUGAAGGUAUGUCCUCUGAUUAUCAUAAGAAAGGAGUAAGACACCUCGGCAGGUCUUCAAGAUCCAAUACAACUCGCAAGCCA